AUGGCUAAAAGACCAUUGGGUUUAGGUAAAUCAGCACAACAAAAAAUAAAAAAACAAAAAGCGCAAGCUACCAAUGACAAUACUUCAACAGCAGAUGAACCUACUCAGAUUCAAAUCCAAUUAGAUUCAAAUGCAGAUUUAGAUGAUGAAUUAACACAACUAAAUGGGUUGUGGAAUUCUUAUGUUGAUUCCGAAAGAGACGACGAAUUAAUUUUAAAUGGUAUUAUCCAUGAAUGUGAUAGAUUAUUACGUUCUGAACAACAAAAGGAAAAAAAGAGCGAUACUAAGCCUAUAGUAUUAACCGAUAUCUUUCAUUCUAUAUACGCAUUGGCCUUGAGUGAAUUGACUAUCUUCAAGUCCGAAGAAGACGACGAAAAGAAAAGAUUCAAAUUAAUUGCUGAUUUCUUUGAUUCAGCUCUAGAAAGAGUUCAAUUAGGUUUAGAAAAAUAUCCCGAUUCAUCAUUGUUGAGAUUGACGGAAAGUAAAAUUAUUUUCCAAAGAAUACCAUUAGAAUACAUUGCUCAGCUGAACACCGGUUCCAAAAAUAAAAAAACUAUUCCAGACAUAAAAAAGCUUUUAAAACGUGGGGAACAGGUAUUCGAUAUUGAUAAUAUUGAACCAAAAUACUUUGAUCUUGCCUUUCAAAUCUUGCAAAGUUUUAAUGAUUGUUUGGACAUUAUUGAGAAUUUCGGUCACGAAUCUGAAAUAGAGGAAGGUUUGGAUAGUGAUGUGGAUGAAGAUUUAGAAGAGAUUGAAUUGGAUGAAUCACAUCCUUUGUAUGAGGUUAAGAAACAACUGGAUGAACACUAUCAAUGGUUGCGUGAAAAACUGGAACAAUUAUUUUUGAAAAUAGAAAAAGAACUUGAAAAGGAAACAGAAGAAAAGGAUGAUAGAGAAAAAAUUACAUCUUUAUACGCCUCUGUUGCCAAGACCAUCGGUGAAUUAUAUUUGAAAGCUGCAGAAAUUUACUCUCACAUCUUUACUGCAUUGGCAUAUGAAGAUGAUGCACCAAAGGAUAUUGAUGGUUUUGACUUGAAAACUUCUCAAAAAAAGGCUUUGGAACUUACCAGUAAAGCAGUGAAUUACUUUGAAAAGGCUGUUAAAAAGGAUGAUCCGCAAACUUGGGUUGAUCACGCUGAAGCUAUAAUUGACUUGGGUAAUUUAUAUGAUUACAAAUCUGAAGACCAAGAAAGUUCAUACGCUAAGGCUGAAAGUUUGUUGGAAAAAGCUAACAAAGCUACGAACGGCAAAUAUAAAGACGUUUUAGAUAAGUUGUUGAGUAACGAUGAUGAUGAGUGA